CGUGCUGUCGCCGCCGCCCGAGCGCCUGCCCGCCUGCCCGCCGCCAGUGGUGGUGGUGGCGGUGCAGGCUGAGGAGAUGCGGCUCGGAGUGCCCGCCGCCGCCGCCGCCGCCGCCGCCGCCGCCGCCGUCUCCCUGCCUGCCGCCGCGGUCCUCCCCUGAACUGGUGGACACGUUGCUGUGGACCGCCCAGCAUUGACGUGGCCGAGGCUGUGGCCCCCGCCCGCUGCUGGAUUUGGAUGUGUUGGCGGGACUCUGGAGCUCUGUGCAGCAUUGUGUCCGUGGAAGUUUCGAGCCAUUGAUUUGUGAAGAGCAGACGGUGCUAGCGAUGAGCUCCCAAAGCCACCCAGGUCCGUGUACAGUGUACUGGUCUGAAGUAAGAGCCACUUAAAUCUCCACAUGCUGCUCACAGAUGGACUUUCUGGCCGAGACCAACCCGUGGAGCUGCUAAACCCAGCCCGUGUGAACCACAUGUCCAGCACUGUGGAUGUGGCCUCGGCACUGCCUUUGCAGGUGGCUCCCUCCGCGGUGCCCAUGGACCUGCGCCUGGACCACCAGUUCCCGCUGCCUGUGGCGGAGCCCGCCCUUCGGGAACAGCAGCUGCAGCAAGAGCUCCUGGCUCUGAAGCAGAAGCAGCAGCUGCAGCGGCAGAUCCUCAUCGCAGAGUUCCAAAGGCAGCACGAACAGCUGUCGCGGCAGCACGAGGCCCAGCUGCACGAGCACAUCAAGCACCAGCAGGAACUGCUGGCCCUGAAGCACCAGCAAGAACUUCUAGAGCAUCAGCGGAAGCUGGAGAGGCACCGCCAGGAGCAGGCGCUGGAGAAGCAGCACCGCGAGCAGAAGCUGCAGCAGCUCAAGAACAAGGAGAAAGGCAAAGAGAGUGCUGUGGCCAGCACAGAAGUGAAGAUGAAGUUGCAAGAGUUUGUCCUCAAUAAAAAGAAGGCGCUGGCCCACCGGAGCCUGAACCACUGUAUCUCCAGUGACCCUCGCUACUGGUAUGGGAAAACUCAGCACAGCUCCCUGGACCAGAGCUCCCCACCCCAGAGCGGUGUGUCGGCCUCCUACAACCACCCGGUCCUGGGCAUGUACGAUGCCAAAGACGACUUCCCUCUCAGAAAAACAGCUUCAGAACCCAAUCUGAAAUUACGGUCCCGGCUAAAGCAGAAAGUGGCUGAGAGACGGAGCAGCCCCCUGUUGCGCAGGAAAGAUGGGCCUGUGGUCACUGCUCUAAAAAAGCGUCCCUUGGAUGUCACAGACUCUGCAUGCAGCAGUGCCCCUGGCUCCGCACCCAGCUCGCCUAACAACAGCUCCGGGAGCGUCAGCACGGAGAAUGGAAUCGCACCUACCGUCCCCAGCAUCCCAUCCGAGACCAGCUUGGCACACAGACUGGUGACUCGGGAAGGCUCCGUGGCCCCACUUCCCCUCUACACAUCGCCAUCCUUGCCCAACAUCACACUGGGACUUCCUGCCACCGGCCCUUCUGCUGGGGCAGCAGGCCAGCAGGAAGCCGAGAGACUGGCUCUCCCAGCCCUGCAACAGCGGCUCUCCCUCUUUCCCGGCACCCACCUCACGCCCUACCUGAGCACGGCGCCCCUGGAGCGGGACGGCGGGGCAGCUCACAACCCUCUCCUGCAGCACAUGGUCUUACUGGAGCAGCCACCCACACAGACGCCCCUCGUCACAGACUGGUAUCUUUCAGGCCUGGGCGCCCUGCCCCUGCACGCACAGUCUCUGGUUGGCACAGACCGGGUAUCCCCCUCCAUCCACAAGCUGAGGCAGCACCGUCCACUGGGGCGCACACAAUCGGCUCCGCUGCCCCAGAACGCCCAGGCCCUGCAACACCUGGUCAUCCAGCAGCAGCACCAGCAGUUUCUGGAGAAACACAAACAACAGUUUCAGCAGCAGCAGCUGCACAUGAACAAGAUUAUCCCCAAACCCAGCGAGCCAGCCCGGCAGCCUGAGAGCCACCCCGAGGAGACAGAGGAGGAGCUCCGUGAGCACCAGGCCCUCCUGGAGGAGCCUUACCUGGACCGGAUCUCCGGGCAGAAGGAGGCCCAGGAGCUGGCUGGAGUGCAAGUGAAACAGGAGCCCUUGGAGAGUGAUGAUGAGGAAACAGAGCCAUCGCGGGAAGUGGAGCCCAGCCAGCGCCAGCCCACAGAGCAAGAACUGCUUUUCAGACAGCAAGCGCUCCUGCUGGAACAGCAGCGGAUCCACCAGCUGAGGAACUACCAGGCCUCCAUGGAGGCCGCUGGCAUUCCUGUAUCCUUCGGCGGCCACCGGCCUCUGUCCCGGGCACAGUCCUCCCCAGCAUCUGCCACCUUCCCCAUGUCUGUGCAGGAGCCCCCCAGCAAACCGAGGUUCACCACAGGCCUGGUGUACGACACACUGAUGCUGAAGCACCAGUGCACCUGCGGGAACAGCAACAGCCACCCCGAGCAUGCCGGCAGGAUCCAGAGCAUCUGGUCUCGGCUACAGGAGACUGGCCUUCGAGGCAAAUGCGAGUGUAUCCGAGGACGGAAGGCCACCCUGGAGGAGCUGCAGACCGUGCAUUCAGAGGCACACACCCUGCUCUACGGCACGAACCCCCUCAACAGGCAGAAACUGGACAGUAAGAAACGUCUAGGCUCGCUGACGUCCAUGUUUGUCAGGCUGCCCUGUGGCGGUGUCGGGGUGGACAGUGACACCAUAUGGAACGAGGUGCACUCGUCGGGGGCAGCCCGCCUGGCUGUGGGCUGUGUGGUGGAGCUGGUCUUCAAGGUGGCCACGGGGGAGCUGAAGAAUGGCUUUGCUGUGGUCCGCCCUCCAGGACAUCACGCAGAGGAGAGCACACCCAUGGGUUUCUGCUACUUCAACUCCGUGGCUGUUGCAGCCAGGCUUCUCCAGCAGAGGCUGAAUGUGAGCAAGACGCUCAUAGUGGACUGGGAUGUGCACCAUGGAAAUGGGACCCAGCAGGCCUUCUACAGCGACCCCAAUGUUCUCUACAUCUCACUGCACCGCUACGACGAUGGCAACUUCUUCCCAGGAAGCGGGGCGCCUGACGAGGUGGGCACAGGGCCCGGCGUGGGCUUCAACGUCAACAUGGCUUUCACUGGUGGCCUUGACCCCCCCAUGGGAGAUGCAGAGUACUUGGCAGCUUUCAGAAUGGUGGUCAUGCCAAUCGCAAACGAGUUUGCCCCAGAUGUGGUGCUGGUGUCAGCAGGCUUCGACGCCGUGGAGGGCCACCCCACACCUCUGGGUGGCUACAACCUCUCUGCCAAAUAUCAAACAGGAUCCCAAACCGAAUUCCUCGAUGAAUUUAUUGUGAUCGAACCUGGCUUCCAUUAUGAGCCGCAGUGUGCCAGCCCCCUGAGUUUCGGGUACCUGACGAAGCAGCUGAUGGGCUUGGCUGGUGGCCGGAUAGUUCUGGCCCUGGAGGGGGGCCACGACCUCACGGCCAUUUGUGACGCCUCAGAAGCAUGUGUUUCUGCUUUGCUGGGAAACGAGCUCGAUCCUCUCCCAGAAAAGGUUUUACAGCAGAGACCCAAUGCCAACGCCAUCCGGUCCAUGGAAAAGGUCAUUGAGAUUCACAGCCAGUACUGGCGCUCCCUGCAGCGCCUCCCCUCCACUGUGGCCUACUCCCUGGUCGAGGCCCAGAAGCGUGAGAAUGAAGAAGCCGAGACAGUCACCGCCAUGGCCUCCCUGUCCGUAGGUGUGAAGCCCGCUGAGAAGAGGCCUGAGGAGGAGCCCAUGGAAGAGGAGCCGCCCCUGUAACCAUGCCCACAGCUGCGACUCUUGUUUGUCUGUCUGUCUUGAAGCUCCGCCAAGAAAAGUUGCUGUUUCUCUGCAUCCUGCCAGGCGUUCUCUCAGAAUCCGCAGGUGCGCCAGGGGCCCAGACCCCAGGUCUCACCGGGCAGGGCAGCCUUACACAGAACCCGGGACAGACGCCGGGAAGAGCAGACACCGACAUGCAGGGCACCAGGCUCGCCCUCGGCCCCCGUGAGGGAUGCCGAAGAGGGAGGAAGCCUGCGGCAGCUCGCGGCAGAGUUGCCCGAUUUAGUUGACAUGAGGAAAAGAAAAUGAAAAUCAAAGAUCUAACAAUACAACACAAACUUGAUCAAAACUGGUGCUUAAAGUUUGAUGAUUAAUUACCCACAAUUCCACAGUCUCCAUGUAAACCACUCAUCUUGUAGCUUACUUUUUAAAGAGAACGUUUUCUAUCGCUCUGGCCUGCCUCUGUGAACCAGAGCGGUGUGUGGUGGGGUUUGCAGCCGGGUGGGGGACAGAGUGGAUGAGCAUUUAAGAAAAAGAAAAAAAAUGGACAAAAAUGGAAAUGUGAGCCUGCAAGAGCCGGCUUUGCUUUCUCAAAGCCAUCGGAAGAUGCAAGUUUGUGCCUUUUUUUUAUUGCUCUGAUGGAUUUUUGUGGCUGGGUUUUCUGAAGUCUGAGGAACAAUGCCUUAAGAAAAAAAUAAGCAGCAGGAAUCGAUGGGACAGCCCUGUGGCCGGUGGGGCUGGCAGUGCCCGUGGGGCAGGAGGCCGCCCCGUGCCGGCCAGGCCUUCGAGAGCAGGCGCAGGCCGCGGCCGGCGGCUCCAGAGGGCUGCCAACCUGCCGCCCUCCUUUGGCUUUAUUGUUGUGUAAGAAAAAUGGAGGUAGUUCCCAAAAAGUGGCAAAUACUCUCGGGAGUUUUGAAGUCUAACAAAUUUUAAAUGAAUCCAAAGUGUUCUUUUCUCAUACGUCAUAUAACAGUUGAGCAUCUCCAUUGGUUGUGAAGCAUGUCCUAGGCACACCUUCAGUGUUACGGUUGGAAUGCUUUUUAUUAAAAGCAAGUAGCAUGAAGUACUGCUUAAAUUUUAGGUAUAAAUAAAUAUAUAUAUGUAUAAUAUAUAUUCCAAUGUAUUCAAGCUAAGAAACUUGAUUCUUAUGAAAUCUUGAUAAAAUAUUUAUAAUGCAUUUAUAGAAGAAGUAUAUAUAUAUAUAUAUAUAUAAUAAAUGCAGGUUGUCAAGGUCCCUGGGAACGAACGACUUGUGAAUUAGCUACCAAGGUGCUUACGGAAAGGGAUCUAGUUUGAACUCAUGUAGUUUGAAGUCCAGAUUGGAUCGAUUUCAGAUCGCCAGCACAUUCGCCACUGGCAACUACCACACGUUUGUAUUUCAUUUUAAUUAUUUUCUAACAGACCCCUCCCGCUCCACACCUCCACCCACAUAUGUACCUAAUAAGUUUUUAUAGCAAGAAAUAUAAAUUUGCUGUUGAUUUUUGUAUGAAUUUUUCACAAAAAGAUCCUGAAUAAGCAUUGUUUUGUGAAUUUCACUUUUUUUUUUCUUUUCUUUUUUUGCACCAUUUAGCAGUUUUCUGAAUGGUAAUAAUGUCUAAACCUUUUUCCUUUCUAAAUUUUCGCUUGUACAUUUUUUUAACUUUAAACGUGUUUUUUAUUGUUUUCACUUUUGUUUGUAUGGUAAACAGUUUUCUCCAAACGGAACUGCUGCCAUCCGGGUUUAUUUUCAGAAAGAGCGUCGCCUGCGUGGCAGAUCUGGGCUGUCGGUGGUGGCGGGCUUCUCCUGCCUCGCCAGCAGUAUUACCGGGUGGUGUGUUUCCCUCCGUGGCAGGUGUGGAGAGGGCCACUCGUGACACUGAACGGUUACUUGCCAGACACUGCAGGCCGUCAGCUUUCCUAAAACUCAUUUAAACUUCUCUGACCAUGUCGUCAGACUAGCUUCAGUUUUCCAAAGACCUUUUAAGCAUGUCAGCAAUGCAUGGCCCGGCGCCAGUCCAGGUUUUUCUGCUGCAGCCACGUGGCCCUGCCCUUGCUGCCUGGCGAGCCUGUGGGGACUCCGGACUCCUGAGCAGCGCAGCCGGCCUUUGCUCUUUUUCUCUCUGACAGAAACGGAACGUCACUUUUACUGGUAACUUAUUUUCAGAACUUGAAGCCACCGCUUUCAUUCCCAAGUGUGUACUGAGUUCAGACUCGUGGGGGAAAUGCAGACCCAGCGUGCCCCAGGAGGGAGCCUCAGCCAAGCCUCUGAGUUUGGUGACAUUCACAGGGUAGCUUCUGAGAGCCACUGACACAGUUGGGUGUUGACCAAAGGAAUCCAAAUGCUUGGAUUGGCUUGGUCAUGGGGAUGCUGUUGGUCAGAAAUAGGACAGUGGGUUGAGGUAGGACAAGAGGGUCAUGGAGCACAUUUGGCUCCUUUCCCCUCUGGCCACUCUGCCCUGAGGCCCACUUGGCAGGAGGAGCUCAGGAGGGAUCGGUGCCAUCCUUCCCGGAGUGGCGCAGAGCAGUGGCUUCUCAGCUCCCUUCUCAAGAUCCCCCGCUGGUGGCUUCUCAGCUCCCUUCUCAAGAUCCUCCGGGGACCCCUGCCGCCUGCCUGCUCUGCCAGCCCUGGCUCUCGGGAGGAAUGCGACAUCUGACCUUUUUACAGAUGAUCAGAUGGCCUGGACCUCUUGGUGGCCACAUUCUCCCUGGGGGUUUACUUCCUCUCUCCCAGAGACACCCUGCAGAUAGGUCCCGCAGGGAGCCUGUUUCGCUUGUCAGCUCACUCCAGCUUCACAGACGUGCAGAAAGCAGAGCCAUGUAGCCUUUUUUUUCUGUGAAGACACUCAGCCCCUCUCCACGGCCCCCGUCCAGGGCAGAUGGCGGAGGGCCUGCCAAGUGUGGGCAGGACUCUGCGUGAAGGAGGGCCCCUCCGCCCUCCCUCUUUGGUCCUUGGACCUUAGCCUUUUUCUUCCUUUGCAAAGUCCUUAGGGCACAGGCUGGGGGUCAGCAAGUGAGCACUUUAUAGCCCUUCACGGGAAACUGUGAUGCCGCAGGCCGGGGUGUCACCCGGCCCUUUCAGUUUUCCCGCCACGACGCAUCUGAGCCCCACCAGCAGGCAGCCAUCCGGGACUGCACCCGGCUUCCAAAGGGCCUCUUUGUCAACGUGUUUCAGUUUUUCUUUCUUUCUUUUGAAGUCUGUUUCCAGAGGAAGGACCCUUUUGUAUCGGUCUGACACUGGGAGUCUGGGUGGCAGCACCAGCCUCAGAGUCGGUUGUUUUCAAUUUUCCAUCGGAACAUUCCUCCUUUCCUGGUCACAGCCGCGUGCUCAUUCCAUUCUUCUUUUUGUAGACUUUGGGCCCACGUGUUUUAUGGGCAUUGAUACAUAUAUAAAUAUAUAUAUAAAUAUAUAUGAGUAUAUUUUUUUAAGUUUCCUACACCCGGAGGUUGCAUGACUGUACGGCCGGCAUGUCUUUAUAUUGUACACAGAUUUGCACGCCGAACUCGGCAGCUUGGGGGAGAAGAAAAAUGCCUUUGUGUUCCCCUCUCGUGACAUUUGCUGACUCAAAAGAUGGAGAUUUUUCUGUAACGUAGCAAACCCUUGGAGGAGAGGGGGGAACGUUUGCGUCUUAUUGAACUUAUUCUUAAGAAAUUGUACUUUUUAUUGUAAGAAAAAUAAAAAGGACUACUUAAACAUUUGUCAUAUUAAGAAAAAAAAGUUUAACACUUGUGACAUACCAUAAUAGAGUUUAUUGUAUUUAUGUGGAAACAGUGUUUUAGGGGAACUACGCAGAAUUCAAGUGAACUGCCUGUCUCUUCAUUUGAUUUGGAGGAGUUUUGUUUUGUUUUGUUUCCUUUGUUUCCUUUAUCUUCUUGGGCUGGGGGCGAGGUGAGCACAGCCCUCCUGGCCCUGUGGCCGUUGGUGCCGAUGGAGAACCGGGGGCCCCAGAGCGCCCCUUUCCGCACAGCGCGUUGCCCUUUUUUAUUCCUUUUUAGAUCAUGUAUGGCUAAGAUUUCACUUUAAGCCGUCGUGAACUGUGCGAGCACUGUGGUUUCAAAUUUUACUUUGCACCGAAAGGAAACCAUUUCUUCCUUGUAAUGAAGCGAGCUUGUUCCUAGCUCAGCUCACUUUGUCUCUGACAUAAUUAAAAGUCUCCUAUGGAAAGAAAAGAAAGUGACAGUUUCUGUUUGUUUCUUGGUGUGUGUGCUCCAUGGUGGAGGCCCUAUUUUCCAGUUUCUGAGAAUGACACAUACAGAACACACACACACGCGGGGGCUGACCCUGUCCACCCGAGAGCUCAUCACAGGCCCGGGGGUAGCGCCACAUCCACCCGACGCCUGUGCCUGCGUGGGCGGGUGCCCCUUGGAGCAGCCGCCUGUUUCUUCUGUAACUUCAUCGGUUGUCCCGUUGUCUGGACCUCCCGGGGUCUUUCCUUCGCUCAGUGGGGUCAGAAGUGUUCUCAUUUUGUUCUGUCAGGUGGAUCUGCACCGGCUAACUGUGUCCUGAAGGCCGACUCCACCUCCACUUCACCCGGAGCCCAGUUUUUGUACCUCGUCAUACAACUUGUUACUCUUGUGGUGUCAAUAAAGACAGCAUUCAUUGCCCUCUCA